UAACAUCACAAAACCUAUAUAUAGGACCCAACGUUCUCAUUCAGUCGAUAGGAAAUUUGUUGGAGGCUGAAAGAAGAGAGUGAAUUCGACUGGGAACGAAAGACGUUGACGCAAAGACGCUAUGGCCCGUACUAAGCAGACUGCCCGCAAAUCUACUGGUGGUAAGGCGCCGCGGAAACAACUGGCCACAAAAGCAGCGAGAAAAAGUGCACCCUCUACUGGAGGUGUGAAGAAGCCUCACAGAUACAGGCCAGGAACUGUGGCCCUGAGGGAGAUCCGUCGUUACCAGAAGUCCACUGAGCUGCUGAUCCGCAAGCUCCCCUUCCAGCGCCUGGUCAGAGAGAUCGCCCAAGACUUCAAGACUGACCUCAGGUUCCAGAGUGCAGCUAUUGGAGCUCUGCAGGAAGCUAGUGAGGCUUAUCUCGUGGGUCUGUUUGAGGAUACCAACCUGUGCGCCAUCCAUGCCAAGAGAGUCACCAUCAUGCCCAAGGACAUCCAGUUGGCGAGGCGAAUCAGAGGCGAACGUGCUUAACCUCACAACCAGCUUUUUGAACUCACAUUUUGGAGAGAUACUUUUUUUUUUUUAAUUCUUAUAUUGAACUGCAAAUGCCUAC